AAGCAGCAAUCUUCUUCUAUUGGGCUAAAAAUGUUAGGGCAUCUGGGCUAGUACACGUGGCAAAUCAGUGAGACGCUUUGAAUCACCCGCGUAGCCGUUGAUGACAAGACACCACAGGAUAAGAAGAGGGAAAAAGGAACGAACAGAAGAGGAGAGCUUUCGAGCAACAAUGGCGUCCGUAACGUCUCCCUUCACCACAACCAACGCCUCUUUCCUUCUCCGAUCGAACUCCCAAAAUCACCAGCCUGCUCACCGUUCCUUUCCACUGCCUCCGAGAGCUUGCCUGAACGAAUCCCAAGACCAGCACCGUAUCCAGCUCAACCGGCGGCAGUUCAUUUCACAAACCGCCGCCAUUGUCGCUGCCACAGCUCCUCUCACGCUCAUCGAUCAGAGUCCAGCAGUAGCUGACGAGGCGCUUUCUCAAUGGGAAAGAGUUUACCUCCCUAUCGACCCCGGCGUCGUCCUCCUCGACAUUGCAUUUGUCCCCGAUGACCCAACACACGGGUUCGUAUUGGGGACAAGGCAGACUCUUCUGGAGACGAAAGAUGGGGGAGCCACUUGGUUUCCGCGAUCCAUAGCUUCAGCCGAGGAAGAAGACUUCAAUUACAGGUUUAAUUCCAUUAGCUUCAAAGGAAACGAAGGCUGGAUUGUUGGUAAGCCGGCGAUUUUGUUGUACACGCCUGAUGCCGGCGAAACCUGGAAAAGGAUACCGCUGAGUGCUCAGCUCCCCGGAGACAUGGUAUACAUUAAGGCAACAGGAGAUCAAAGUGCAGAGAUGGUUACUGACGAAGGGGCUAUCUAUGUUACGUCGAAUAGGGGCUAUAACUGGAAGGCUGCAGUUCAGGAGACUGUGUCAGCUACACUGAAUAGAACAGUUUCUAGUGGUAUUAGUGGUGCAAGUUAUUACACAGGAAGCUUCAAUACUGUUAACCGGUCACCGGAUGGGAGAUAUGUUGCUGUCUCCAGUCGGGGCAACUUCUAUAUGACAUGGGAGCCUGGUCAGGCAUUCUGGCAGCCACAUAAUAGAGCAGUGGCAAGAAGGAUUCAGAACAUGGGUUGGAGAGCUGAUGGGGGUCUUUGGCUUCUCGUUCGUGGAGGAGGACUUUAUCUCAGCAAGGGGACUGGGAUAACAGAGGAUUUUGAGGAAAUCCCCGUUCAAAGUCGUGGUUUUGGCAUUCUUGAUGUUGGCUACCGCUCUCAGGAAGAGGCUUGGGCAGCAGGAGGCAGUGGGGUUUUGUUGAGAACCACCAAUGGAGGCAAGUCAUGGAUUCGAGACAAGGCAGCCGACAAUAUUGCUGCAAAUCUUUACUCCGUGAAGUUUAUGGAGGGAAAUCAAGGGUUCGUUCUAGGAAAUGAUGGAGUCUUGCUACGGUAUCUUGGUUAAUGUGCUCCAUGUAUUGAGGCCUUCUCCCUAAGAACAUCUCCAGCAACAGAAUACCGUAGCUGUACACAUCUCCACUGGUCGAUACAUCACUACCCAUCCCGUACUCUGCAAGUUUCCACAAAUCCAGAUCAAGCAGACAGUAAAACAAGACCAAGAUGAGGAAAAAGCGAAAAGAAGCGAAAGCUUUUUUACCUGGUGCGCUAUAACCAACUGUUCCUCUAACACCAAUUGAAGAGCUUGUUGCUGGGCUGCUGAGCGCCACUUGUGGGAGAAACUUUGCUAACCCAAAGUCACCAAUAUGUCCCAUCAUAUUGACAUCCAGCAAGAUAUUGCUAGGCUUGAGAUCACAGUGAACCACAGGUACUCCACUAUCGUUAUGAAGAUAAUCCAAUGCAGUACCAACAUCAAUAGCUAUGUUCAACCUUUGGAGGACACUUAACUCCUCCCUUCUUCCUGUUUCAUGUUCAUCAAGUAGCCCGGGAUGAAGCCAUUCCUCCAAGCUCCCAUUAACCAUGAACUCAUACACCAGGGCCUUGAAAUCAUUACCCUGGAAGUCGAUUCCUGAACACACGGUCAGCAACUUGACAAGAUUCCUGUGCCUUAUGUUCUUCAACACCUCGCAUUCUGCUACAAAGCUCUUGAACGCUCUGGCAUGCUGAAGGUUCAGCACCUUGACAGCAACAAACAUCUUGGUGUUGUCAUCUAUGGCUAUAAGCCCCUUGUACACAGAGCCAUAGCUGCCUGCUCCGAGCAAAUUAGCAGACGAAAAUUCAUCGGUUGCUUGGAGUAGAUUAUGAUAUGUAGUCCCCAGAAGUGUGUUCCCAGUAAAGGGUGAAGCUGCUUCAGGGUCUUUGGUUUUCUUCCUCAGGAACCGAAAGUACAAGAAUGAAAGAAGAGCAAUGAGCCCUAAGAGACAACUUACAACUGAGAUUAUGAUCUUCACUAUCGUGCUGAGACCGCCUUUCCUGGAACUCUCCACGGAGCACUUUGGUAAUCCAAACUCAGGCAUUCCCCCACAGAGCUCAUUAUUUCCCAUGACCAAAGCUUUAGUUGCAUUCCUGAAAACUCCCUGCGUCGACAGAGGACCUUGGAAAUGGUUGUAGGACAAGUUGAGGGUCACCAACGAGGUGAACUCCUGGAGAAAGUCUGGUACUUCUCCUGACAAGUUGUUGCGAGAAAGGUCCAGAAUUUCCAAACCUUUGAGCUCCCUAAGAGAUGAAGGGACAGGGCCCUGAAGCAAGUUCCCCAUCAGGUUCAGGGUCUCCAAUCUCACACACUUCCCCAAAUUGGACGGGAUUGAACCUGACAGCAUGUUAUUGCUGAGAUCGAGUUCGCCCAAGUUGACCAAGUUCCCAACUUCAUCAGGAAUCCGGCCACUCAACCUGUUCCAGGAGAGGUUGAAAACCAAACCCAAGGCCGGGAGGUUGAGAAUCUCCACCGGAAUCUCACCGCUGAGUUCGUUCUCCCCGAGACUCAGCGCCGACAAAUCCUGACAUUUCCCGAAGCUCGGAGGAAUCUCGCCUUCCAGGUGAUUCCCUUCCAGCCAAACAUGGAGCAAUUUGGUCCCGUUGCCAAUAUUGGAAGGAAUUUUUCCUGUCAAGUUAUUGUUCUGAAUCUGAAGUGUCAUCAACUUAGGUAGCAUCCCCAAUUCAACAGGAAUUUCGCCGGAGAGAUUGUUGUCGUUGAAAUCCAGCUGCUCCAAGUUGAUAAACUUAUCAAGUCCCGGCGGAAUUGUUCCUGUAAUCCCCGGGGUUAGCAUUAGCGCCAGCCUGAUGAAAGUCGUUGAGUAAUUGCUUAUGCUGUGAGGCAACUUCCCGUAGAAAUUGUUCAUCCCGACGUUGACCACUUCCAGAAACGAGCUGUUUGUUAGAGAAUCAAGGAAGAGAAGAUCGUCCACGCCAUCUUUACCUCCAUGUCCUAAGCUGUUGUUCAUCAUUCCCAGGAAUUGAAUCCGGUUCAGUUUCGCCAGAGAAGGAACUCCGCCAUGGAAAUUGUUGUGACCAAGGUCGAAAAUUUGCAGGUUUGUUGCGUUGGACAACGAGUCAGGAAUUCGGCCGGUGAAAUUAUUGAGAACCAAGUUCAGAUGGAACAGAUUCGGCAGAGUAAAUCCCAAUUCUGGCGGGAGGGUUCCGGUGAGUUGAUUGUCCAUGACGCUGAUCGCCUGAAUUGAAGACGAAUUGAAGAACUGAAGCGGGAACGGACCAGAAAAUCGGUUCGCGCCGAAAGAAACGAUUCUUAGGCUUCUGGACCAGGCCAGAGACUCUGGAAUCCCGCCGAAGAACUCAUUCCUCGGCGCGGAGAUCGCCUGGAGGGAAGACAAGUUGCCGAAGCAGGGAGGAAAUUUUCCGGUGAGGUUAUUGAAAUGGAUUGAAAGCAGCUGGAGGUUCAUGAGAUUGCAGAGCUCGAUUGGGAUUUCUCCUGUCAAGCCGUUGUAACCGACUCGCAACAUGGUGAGAUUCGAGCAGGCGGAGAGGUUUGCAGGGAUCGUGCCGGAGAUGGAGUUUUGGGCCAGGACGAGAUCCUGGAGGCGGCGGAGGCGGCCGAUCUCCGGCGGGAUCUCGCCGGAGAUGGUGUUGUUGUUGAGGACGAGGUGGGUUAGGAAGCUCAAGUUGCCAACGUGUGGGGAGAUUGAACCGCUGAGUUGGUUUAACUCGAGGUUGAGUUGGGUCACUCUCUGCUCUGUCUCGUUGUUGCAGGUUACUCCCUGCCAUUGGCAGAAAUGGAGGGUUUGGUUCCAUGAGCUCAGAGCUCCCAGUGGGUCUAUUAGUGCUGACUUGAGUUGGAGAAGUGCUAGUCUGUCCGUUUCGUUGCCGCCGGCAGCGGUCGCCGGUUGAAUAUGGAUCUGGGAGAGUGAGAGUAGAAGAAGGAGAAGGGCAGGAAGUGGGACAGAGGAAAUGUGAACCAAGUCAAUGAACUGGAGAAAGAUCGUCGGCAAUGAUUGAACUGGGAAGGACACGGCGGGGAUGAUGAUGAUGAUGAUGGGUUAGCCCUCUGUUCUUUCUCAUUGUUGCAGAUUAGGCCCUGCCAUUGGCAGAAGUGGAGGGUUUGGUUCCAUGAGCUCAGAGCUCCCAUUGGGUCUAUCAGUGUUGAUUUGAGUUGGAGAAGUGAUCCUCCGUCGGUUUCGUUGCUGCCCGCUUCGGUCACCGGCCUAUUAUAUGUCUGCGAGAGGAGGAAAUGUCAACCAAGGUGGGCAUAUGUUUGCUUCUUUUAGUUGGUGAUUACAGGUUUGCAAGUGUGUACAAGGGUUAAAGAAUCAGUCUUCCAUUUCUAGCCCUUUAUCACAACUAAGUCCUGUCUUGGGCGAAAUUAUGGUCUCGGUUAUAAUAAAGAAUCAAUCUUUUUCUGUAGUGGAAGAAAAGAAUCAAGAUUUGAUCAUCAUUAGAUUGGGAUAUGGAAGAAAGUCAAUGGCCUAAGAGAAGUUGAAUGAGAAGAGAACUGUAGGGAAAGGAAGAAAACAAGUGGGCAGAGGUUUCGGAUUUGCGCAGAUGUGAUCAUACACAGCGAAGAAGAUAUUCGACAGCGAAAGAAAGGGGCCUGCCAAUAAGAUAAGGGUAAUGCUUCACCCACUCUGUUUCGGAAUCACUAUUGCAAGUUGGUGGCGGCGCCAUUUCUUUGACUUCUCAUUCAGUUAGGGAGAAGUUGACUUGAUACAGCAAAGGUUGGAUUCGAUGAUGCUGCCGAGAAACAAUUGUUCAGUUGCCCUCAUCAGAUUACUUGUACAAUAUCAUAUACAUUCAGAUACAUCAAAAGUAGCAACGAAAUGCUAUUGUCCUGUUAUUGUGACCACUUUUCUGGGCAUAAUUAUGUCUCUUCACUACAUUCUAGCUUUAACAAGUUUGUCCCUCACUGCUGUUAGCUUAGUUGCAGCAUCACUGAUGCUCAUUCGUUCUCUUGGCAUUUCAUUUGAACAUUCAACCCCAACUUGUAUAAUCGAAACCACUGCCUCCGUCGACACCUUCUGCGUUUCAUUCUUGCUAUGAUCGUCGCUCGAUCUACUGCUGCUGCUGUCGUCUUGUCUCUCCAGAAGCCCAGUGGGAUCUACGAUCUCUGUUGCUUUAUCAGCCAAAGCUGCUGCUGAAAAGUUAUGGAGAUUCAACCCAUCUUUGAACGUUUCAUCGGUAGGCCUUCUCCCUGUGAACAUCUCCAGCAACAGAAUGCCAUAGCUGUACACAUCUCCGUGGGUAGAAACUUCACUCCCCAUUCCGUACUCUGGCGCGCUAUAGCCAACUGUUCCUCUAACACCAAUCGAAGAACUCGUCAUACUAUUUGCUGGAGUGUUGAGCUCUACUUGUGGAAGGAACUUUGCUAACCCAAAGUCUCCAAUAUGUCCCACCAUAUUGACAUCCAGCAGGAUGUUGCUAGGUUUGAGAUCACAAUGAACUACUGGUACUCCACUCUCGUUAUGAAGAUAAUCCAGUGCGGUUCCUACAUCAAUGGCUAUGUUCAACCUUUGGAGGAGACUCAACUCUACCUUUGUUUUUCCUGUUGCUUGUUCAUCAAGAAGCCUGGGAUGAAGCCAUUCCUCCAAGCUCCCGUUAACCAUGAAGUCAUACACCAGGGCCUUGAAAUCAUUACCCUGGA